GCAAUUUGACUCGAUCGUAUCGUUUCGUUCUUGUCAAACCAAAUCCUUGUGUAACUACACAAGGAUUUGAAUUCCUUCAACGAAUGACCUUGAAUUCAUUCUCCAUUUACUGACAGAUAUCUGUGUACUCAUGUGCACAUGACAAUUCCAUGUCGGCAACUGUUGUCUGGGGGGAUGAAGGACUUGCUCUGGUGUAUGAGUCAUGGUACAAAACACGACGCACUCGAACUUGGAUGAUUGCACCUGGGAAUCUUGAAGCAGAAGGGCGUAAGCUUUUUGGUCGCUCAUCAGAAGAUGUCUACGCAGAUCCUGGUUCACCCAUGCUUCGCAGAACUUCUCUUGGAACGUACGUUCUUGCAGGUGUCAAAGACGCUGAUGGCAAGAAGAGGCUGCUCCUGAAUGGAAGUGGCGCGACCCCACAAGGCAAUAUCCCUUUCUUGGAUCUGCUGGAAAUUGAGUCAGGUGAAAAACAGCGAAUCUGGGAAAGCAGCAAGGAGACUUAUUUCGAGACAGUCGUAGCUUUGAUGUCAGAUCAGUUGGAUGGAGAUCUGGACCUGAACAAGUUACGUAUUUUGGUCUCAAAGGAAUCUCAAACCGAACCACCUCAGUAUUAUCUGCGAUCCUGGCCUGAGCAAACUGUCUGUCAAAUUACAGACUUCUCUCAUCCGUAUCCUCAAAUAGCUAAUCUGAAGAAGGAGAUUACACGAUACGAACGGAGCGAUGGUGUGCAACUUACAGCAAAUUUGUAUUUACCUCCAGCGUAUGACCCGGCUACUGAUGGGCCACUGCCACUGCUAAUGUGGGCAUACCCAAGGGAAUUCAAGAGCAAAGAUAACGCUGGCCAGAUGAGAGGAUCACCUUAUAGUUUUGCAAGCAUUGGAUCUACUUCAGCAUUGUUGUGGUUGGCUAGAAGAUUUUCUAUUCUGGAUGGUCCGACCAUGCCCAUCAUUGGCGAAGGAGACGAGGAGGCCAAUGACAGGUACGUGGUCUAUCGUAAUUUACUCGCAAUUGUUCGCUUAGUGACGCUGCAUAUCAUUUACCUUCAGCCGGAGCCCCGAUGUCACAAGAGUACUUGCGAAACCGACGCGAUGACAUCAGAGACGGAAGUAACUACUUGCGUGCGUGCGCGCGCUAUCAUUCAAAAAGAUUCACUUCGGCCCCGAGCCUGGUAUGGUGGUAUAGGAUAACGGGCUGAGUGUAUAUGAGGAAGGGGCUGUCCAGAGCAAGAACGCAAGAGCUUGUAAAGCAGACGCACCGAGUGAAGAGAAGAAUGCACAGAUUUUCCAAUGCAAGCAUUGGAAAAUCUGCUGCAGAUCAGAGUGCAGGACUCGAUGCUGGAGAGGUAGGCAGGCAGGCAGACGUGCGCAGCAUUUUUAUUCUCACGUAAUAGAAAUUCCAUGGCGGAUUGUAGCCACCUCGUGCAUGUAGGGCGUGGACCCUGAGCCUGAGCCUGAGCCGCGGCAUUCUUCAUGUCGCUUUCGAUGGACUGGCUGAUUUGUUGGGCCCUCUGGUCAUGAACAAACUGUAAGUUCACUCGUUGGACCCGAAUCAGGGACAGCGAUGAUGAAUAAAUGCCGAGACGAGACGGACUCGGGAGAGAACUGGGGGAAGUGCUUGAAGUGGGAGUAUUUCAGUAUGAUCUUGAGUGCUUGAAGAUCUACAUCUUCAAGUUUCGACUACUUUAGUGUAGAUUGAUUCCGAGUUUCCAAAUCUUCGCGUGCUCGGAGUUCGAGUUCAUGGUAAUUCCAUAGACGCGACCUUGAACUCUUCAGAACGCCUUCGGGAUGCCUUAGACAAGUCAUUAGCUUCUGUGGUGGUAUGUACCUUCUGGUGUGCAUCA